AUGAAAUAUCUGGGGAUAACGAUUCUCAUCCUAGCAGCACUCGGAGCAGUCGAAUCCAAGGUGAAAUGUCCAAGAAGCGCAUUUGGAGUUGAGUUGGAGUGUGCAUUCGAAUGUUGCACAUCAUUUGAAGGCCGUGAUCAAGGGUACUAUUGUUGUGGAAUUGAGGAGAAGCAGCUUUUGGAGAGAGGACAUCAUCAUGCUGUUGGCGAUGGAGUUCCCAGAUCCGAUCGAUUCGUUGCAUAUGGAAACACUUUCCAAAUCGAUUACACUAUGCUUGUGAUCGGUCUAAUUGUGUCUAUCCUUGUCUCAAUCCUUCUCUCCUUCUUCUGCUGCCUUCUCUGCAAUGGAUGUUGGCUUCAUCGUCGUCGUAAUCCACAACAGUAUGAAAGUGUGCAUCAUCGCGACAAUGGAUGGUACCCGAUUUGUUGCGGUUUCGGAAUUCCAAUGGGAACUGUUGUCUUCUCGACACACCCACCACAAUACAGAGAGGAUAGUGAGAUGUAUGGAGGAUCAUCAAUGUCCAGUCUGCCAAGUUCGAAACAACGCGUCCGUUUCAACCCGGAUGGAACACCAAGAGGCGUCUUGAAAAAUGGACAUGAAGGAGGACAACCACAACAAUACUACCGAGACUAA